UGCUGGCCUCUCAUUCAUCCCGGUUUCUGGUCGAGUAUAAAUAGCUGGGGUCGCAUCGGAUUCAAUUAGACUCCAAAACCAACCUCCAGAAUACCAAGCCAAAGCACCAGAAUGUCGAAAAUCCUUGCCGCAGCUCUUGCCUUCAUCGCCAUUUGCCUGAUCCUUGUCAGUGCCGCCCCCGCCCCGCCCACUCGGCUAUUGGAUGCCCAGACGGCCAUCCAAAAGAUAAUCGAUGCCUACAACCGCAUUCCGGGACCUUCGGUUGUCCACCCCUGGGAGGUGGCCACAGUGAUUGACCCCAACACCUUCGUGGCCCACUUCUAAAGCUCUACCAUUGCACCUGACUACCUCUACCAAAAUGCUUAAAUAAAUUCU